UGCACAACAUACUAUUAUCUCCUUAUUUUUAUUAAAGCAAUAUAUCACUACAUAAACAUUAACUUUACUGGUAUGACUCCAGUAUCUGUUAACUCAGUGUGACUAUAUAAACUAUUUACGAAACAUAUUGAUAACAUACGGAAAUAUGAAAAUUAAAAGUAUCCGACUUCUCUUCUUGUGUAUGUUUUGUGUGGCAUGCGAAGUAGAAGCGGAGAAUGCGGUAAAUUUUGCGGUGAAUUUUGUAAACAAGACAUUACUUGAAAGUAAAUGUAAGUUACAUCUGUUGAGGAUGAAACUAUAUCCACAUACUCAUUUUUCCGGUACUAAUCCUUGUGAUGAAUUACAUGGUCAAGCAGGGGAACUUCCAAAAGGAUUUGAUCCCCAUGUUGAAAUAGCUAGUAUGAAACCUCCAGAUAUAUUGACGAAUGGAAAUGUUCCAGUCAAUAAAGUAACAGUUGGCCCCAAUAAUGCAGAAAAAAACAAAAUUGGUGAGGCUUUUCCGAACAAUCUUAACCUAAACAAUGGACAAGCACCAAACACCAAUGGCGCAGGAAAUAAUAUCGGAUCUGGUAUCCCAAACACUCAAAAUCCAAAUGGGCAGGUACAACCUUUUAAUCCCUAUAUAAAUGGUUGGAAUUAUCCCAACAAUGGUUUUAAUCCCAAUACUGGAUAUCCAAACUAUCAGUUUAAUCCUGCUGGACAAUAUCCCUAUCCAGGUCCAUUUAAUCCAAAUCCAAAUCAAUUUUAUCCUAAUGGUCAACCUAUAUGGGGCAGUAACGGUAAUUUGCCCAAUCAAGGUGGAUACGUAGGUACUAAUACUUGGGGUAAUAAUCAGGGGACUAAACCAGGUACAUUUCCCAAUACAAACCAACCCAAUACUGGACAGAAUUUUAAUUGGCCUUAUAACCCUAAUCAAUAUCCAGGACAAACAAACAAUGGACAAUACCCGAAUGUAAAUGGAGUACCUAAUUGGAUGCCAAAUCAAAAUACAAACCAAAAUUCAGGACAAAAUCAAGGCCAAUUUCCUAACCCCUGGGGAUUAAAUCCAAAUUCAAAUCAAGAUCAAAAAGGCCAAAACUCCAAUCAAGGUACUAAUACAAAUUCGAUUACAAACCAAGGAUCAGGACAAACUAGUCAGUUGCCUAAUAAUAAUCCAAAACAAGGAUCUGUACAAUAUCCUAAUCAAAAUGGACAACCAAUCUGGGGUAACCAAAGUCCAAAUCAGGGAACUGGACAAAAUGGUCAAUCUCCAAACAUUAAUAACCAGCCAGUAUGGGGGAAUGUCUCUCCAAAUGAAAAUAACCCAAAGAAUACAGGUAUUGUUUUUCCAGGACCUGAUAGUCAAGGUCCAGGAGGUAGAACUAUUUUAAAUAGCAAAAAUGGUACAUACAUAGCUCCAACUUUGCUUUCAUCCACUUCUACAACUACUGUUAGUUCUAGUACCACUAUUACUACGCCAAUGCCAAGAGUUACAUCUUCUAGUAAAGAAAUUAAGCCCGAGAUAACUCAAAGCGGACAAAAUAUGUUAAUAACUAUUACUUCAACCACUAGUACUACAAGUAAACCAAACUGCCGUCAUCUCAGUCAUUCUUCCAAACGUAGAAAAAAUAACGACGAUUAUGAAGAUGAUGAUUCUAAGGAGAAAGAAAACAGUUUACCAAUUUGUGACGAAUCCACUGAUAGGCCUGAAACAACAGUGACCGUUAAAGAUGGAAAGAGUCUUAUUGGUGGGGUCAAGUCUAACUGCCAAGAGGGAUUUGUAGCUGACCUCGGUGGAAAUUGCAGAGAGCUAUAUUAGGUUAUUAAUGUGUAUUUGCGAUAUUUUUUAAAGAAAACUUACAAUAUAAUUAUUUAUAUUUAAUUCGUAUUUUUUUUUAUAAAAUGCUUUACAUUG